AUGUCUUCCUCUCCUGAUCCUCCGAAGGGUCAUCGUCAUGGACAGCCGGGUGGCAAAAUUACAAUUGACGGUAUUGACCACGUACCAAAUGAGAUUCUCAUGGAUAUCUUCGAGUGUGUUCUACAAAUGUCGCGGAGGGAUGUUCCGUUUGAGGAGUCUAUGAGGAACUUGUGGUUUCGUGUUGACUAUCCAAAGGAUAUUCCGCCCGAGGAAUCUAUGUUGGCGCCAUUGCGCCUCAGCCAAGUUAGCAGAUUAUGGCGCAGCCUUGCCCUGUCAUUUCCGUCCCUAUGGACCGACAUUACCGUUCUCAUAUACAAAUUCGACAGUACACAAAGGGAUGAAUGGUUCCUAAAUGCAGUCGAUACUUGGCUCUCUCGAUCCGGGGUAUCUCCACUUCGUCUUAGGGUUGAGUGCGACGCUUCCUGCUUGGCUAUGCGGGGUUGUCCGAUCGACGAGGCCGACGACGUUCCGGGGCCGAAAUUAGAGAUUACGGCGCAUAUUCUAAGGAAAGUACUGGAUCAUCAGAAUCGAUGGAGAGACGCGUCCUUUACCUUCAUCGGGCGCGAUCCUAGGAUGUUACCGCAACUUGGUCUUGUUGACGUCCCACUCUUGGAAUCUCUCUCUAUUUAUUGGGAAGGUCGAGCUCAGCGCCAUGCCAUGGCGCACAUGAAUCUCGACAUUUCACGCUCUCCGAGAUUGAGGAGUUUGCACCUCGUAGGCAUCCCUCGCAUUAUGACUGGAGGACUCUCGAAUCUGAGGGAAUUGACAUUAAUCAGCGUGUCUGCAUCCCUAGAGAUCGACAUACGGCAAUCGAUUCUCCUAGAAAUAUUACAGAGCGUUCCAAACCUUCAAGUCCUUGAUAUUAGGGCCGUCCAUUGCAAAUCCGAUAAUCCACAGAGCUCCUUUAUCACGUUGCCUGGGCUACAUACUCUUGCGAUUGACGAUUUUGGUUAUUCUGCAUUUAUAAUCAGCAGGUUGGUCCUACCGGGGCUGAAACGCUUAAUUUGCAAUCCUUUUCACCCCGAUGGCCAAGAGUUUUCGGAAAUGCUUGUACGGUCGCGGCCUGCUUUGGAAUAUUUCGAGACUCCUGGGUUUGUGGUAAAUGGAGAUAAUUUCUCCCGGUUUCUGCGGCUCAUGCCAGGCUUGAAAACACUUUGUAUGGCAGGCGUCUUGCUCGUGCCUGAUCUCCUUGAGAUGCUGUCCCUCUUGUCUGAUAUGUACCCAACACCACAAAGUAUCACGGAGUACGUUGCCAUUGGCCCCGAAUGCGCAUUGCGCAAAGGCAGGACCAUCGCAUUUGCUUACAUAUCUCCAUAA